AUGUCAGCAAAAAUAAAAUCUACUUUAAAGUUUGUCACGGAAACAUCAACCAGAAAAGAAGAUUAUAAAAAAAUGAAUACAGUAUUAUAAUCACUAUUUGAUAAUAGCGACUCUCUAGAGUUUAGAUAACCUGUGGAUUACUUAGCUUUAGGAUUAACUGACUAUCCAAAUGUGGUUAAAAAGCCAAUGGACUUAUCUACUGUUAAAAAUAAAAUAAAUACACAAAGUUAUGACACAAUAGAAGACUUUUUAGAUGAUAUUUAAUUAAUUUGGGAUAAUUGUAAAUUAUAUAAUGCUUAAGGAUCUUGGAUUUGGAAGUUAGCAGAUAAAUUAGACAAGUACUAUAAAAAGCUUAUAAAAAAUUAUUUGCCUAUGGUCCAAGUUCAAUAAACAGUUGGAAAAAAAGAGAAGAAAGAUGAUAAAGCAAGCAAAUAAUAAGAUGUGUAUAUUGAUAAUUUUUAAGAAGAAAAAAGCUCAUUUACUGCUAAAAUUAAAUAACUUACAGAAGAAUAGUUAGGUAGUAUAGUAGAAUAAAUUAGAUUAGAAAAUCCUUAAGCAUUUAUAAGAUUAGAUAAUAAAAAGUUAUAAGUUAUUGUUGAUAGCAUCAGUUUUGAAUCUUUAUAAAAUUAUAAUACUUAAAUCGAUAACUGGUUAAUCCCUGUUAAGACUACAAAUAAAAGAAGUAAAAAUAAUUGA